AUGAGAGGUGAAACGGGACCCGUCCAUCUGUCCCAGGCCAUGGCCAUGGUGAUGGCCGGUCUGCUGACCCUCUCUUGUUGGAAUGUCCUCGAGAUCUCCUUCUACAUCCUCACCACCUUUCGUCGCUAUCGUGGUCUGUACUUCUGGAGUAUGGUCAUCGCCACGUUCGGAAUCCUACUACACGCCGUCACGGGCUUUCUCCGUUAUUUCGCCCUCGCUCCCAAUCUCCCCAUGUGCUUUCUCAUUUGUCUCGGCUGGUAUGCCAUGGUCACCGGUCAAUCGGUGGUUCUCUAUUCCCGACUUCAUCUCGUCACUACACAUGAGUAUUACCGGCGCUGGGUGCUGGUGAUGAUCAUCGUCAACUUCUGCAUCUUACACAUUCCAACCACUAUCCUUUUCCUGGGCGCCAACAACGGAGUCGAGAACUUUGUGCACCCAUUUUCGAUUUACGAACAGAUUCAGCUUGUUGGAUUUGCCCUGCAGGAAACCGUUAUCAGCGCCCUGUACGUCUGGGAAACCACCACUUCCCUGCGGCCGCUCCUGUCCCUCAAGGGCCCCCGCGGCACGAGAGUCAUUAUCAAUGUCGUGCUCGUCAACGUCAUCGCUGUGCUCUUGGAUGCCGCGUUGGUGACGAUCGAGUUCACUCACCACUUUGAUGUCCAAACAACGUUCAAGCCCGUGGUGUAUAGUAUUAAGUUGCUGCUGGAAUUCAUCGUGCUGAACAGCCUCUUGGCCGCCAUUCAAACACCCGCUGGCUCCUUUCACAAUCCUUCUUCCGAACACGGACAGCCAGAUGUCUUCGUGCGAGGUCUGGACAGCAUCCAUACAUUCGAUCGCCCCUCGAAUCCGUCUUUGCAUGACCCCGAACGAUUGGUUUCUGGUGAUCGACGAACCUCAUCAGGAGAGUCUGUGGUUAAGCCACUGGAGAUCUGGAAUUCUCAUUUCUCACAUCCUUGA